CGAGUCGCCUGCAGCCGUCGCAUGGAGCGCCGGUCGCAGAGGCGACGAGCGGGUAGCCCCAAGUGGUGGGCACGUGGAUGAAGGUCAGCGGCCGCUCUCUCGCCUUCAACGCGCUCCGCUGUGUCGCCAUUCCAGCCAGCGGCGGGACGAGGAGCGUGCAGGUGUUGUGGCAGCAGGAAGGCAAGGCGGAUUGCACAGCGAUUCAGUUCUUCCAGCGUUCCAGAUGCACGGGGAAGGCGGUGGACACUCUCGCGCAAGGCAAGCAGAG